CCCUACAACAAACUUCAGAGAGUUGCGCAGAGUCAGGCGAUUCGACUGUUGUCAACUUUCAAAACAUUUACGGAAAUCGAGAACGCACAGCAACUUCUAUGCCAGAGCGACUGUCACGCCGUCAGUGUAACAUGGAUUAAAUCAUGCUGAUGGAGCAACAGAGCAGCUCUGAAGAAGAGCAGAGCUCUAGAGAGAAAGGUGUGGUCUAUAGAUGGCAGGGUUAUUCCUGCAGUGUUACUCCUGAGAGAUUGGGUCUGUCCAGACCUGUGCUUCAUGCUGCGCUGGGGACAUUGCAUGGACUUCUACUGACAGAAGAUGGACACGUUUACAGUUUCGGUGAACAGCCAUGGAAACAAGACAGUUUUCAGGCUGUCAGCCCAGUUUUAGAGAGCUCCCUAAGUGGUCAGCAUGUGAUAUCUGUGUCGGCGGGUAGCUACCACUCUUCUGCUGUAACUGAAGAUGGCCUUGUUUACAUGUGGGGGGCAAACUCGCACGGCCAGUGUGGCAUCUCUGGAACAGACCAGAUACCCAAUCCCACUCCUGUUAAUGUGGUGGAUGAAGAGUCCCAUCCUCCGCAACUGGUCCGAAUCCUCAAUGUGUCUUGCGGAGCGCAGCACACACUGGCCCUGUCUGGGAAACAUGAGGUCUGGGCCUGGGGUAGUGGCUGUCAGCUGGGACUGGUCACUAGUGUUUUCCCUGUAUUGAAACCCCAGAAGGUGGAACAUCUAGUGGGAAGAUACGUAGUUCAGAUAGCUUGUGGGGGCUUUCACAGCCUUGCUUUGGUUCAGCUUCUCCCACCCCCAGAGGCCUGUCAGCAAUCCCAGGAUAGAUGUGGGCAUUGCAAACAGAGCCUUUAUUCUAUGACUGACAAGGAUGACCACGUUAUUAUUUCGGAUGAUCAUUACUGUCCACUUGGGGUGGAACUGGCCGAUUCUAAACAAAGUUCUCCAGCCCAGACGCCUCAACCAAAACACUCCACGUCUGAUUUCCAAGAAUCCCCGUUGACAUCCGAGAACGUUUAUGGAGGCCAGGGAUCUUCAGAUGAUGGAUCUCAGGAAAACCAAGAGAAUCAACCAAGUCCUGCCUCUGCACCCGAGGCCGGGCAUAAACCUCUGCGCCGAGCAAAAAGCAAAAAUGCUCCGUACCCAGAUGAACAAGCUCUUAAAGACUACCUCAAAAGAAUUUUAGACCAGACUCUCGCUGAGAAGGCCGACACUGCUUCAGUUGGAGGUUCCCAUCCUCCAAGCCGUCAGACGUCACUCACGUGCCCUUACAUAUCUGACUUAAUAAAUGAAGAGAGUACAAUGUUACCUUCUUUACCAACACUGAGUACUGAUGGUGUUACACCUGCUGCAAGACAACUCAGUGAAUCAAAUUCUAUUACAGACCAAAAGCAUUCUCAUUUCUUACCGGUGGGAGAUUUUGUUUCUGAUGAUUCUUCACAGCACUCUAGUGUUGAUGAAGGUGUUUGCAUCAGUGACCUGGUGAUUACCAAUGGAUGUUUAUUUGAGUCCUGCGAGGAGGGCAGAGAUACCGCUGGAAUAGACACCGGUCUGACUGACACUCUCCAAAGCAAAAAGAGUGCCAGUCUAAAUGACAUCUUGUUAGAGGACACCGGUGCACAUGAUCGCAGAGGAUCUUUACCCAGCACUCUCACUACAGCGUCACCCUCUGACAAUCAUCGGAUCAGCUGCACAAGGGCUGUGGUGGACACCGUUACAACUCCAGAAUAUCAAAAUCUUCUUCCCUCCCUCUACACUGAAGUGUGGAGUUGGGGAAGAGGCCAGGAAGGGCAGCUAGGUCACGGAGACUAUUUACCCAGGUUACAGCCUCUGUGCAUCAAGAGCUUAAGUAAAAAGGAAGUUGUGAAGAUCACUGCUGGAGCAAAUCAUUCUCUGGCUCUGACCGCACAAUGUCAGGUUUAUUCCUGGGGAAGUGACAAAUUUGGACAGCUUGGUCAUAUGAACGCUCCCUGCACUGUUCCUAAUCUAACUAAGGUUUCUGAGGGCAUCCGUGUGUGGGAUGUGGCGGCAGGGCAGACGCACACUUUGCUUUUGGCUGAUGGAGAUUGUUGUCAACCCAUACUCUACUACAGCGGAGAGCAGCUGAUGGAAAACACUGAGAGCUAUCAUUCUCUCUCUGGGAUAUACACCCAGACUCCCACCCUUCUGCCUUUCUGCAUGAAUGUUGGCUAUAUAAGCAGUGUGUUCGGUGGAGGUAUGAAUUGUAUGGCUUUGGCCGAUCAGAACGCAAUGGGUUUCAUAGCUACAAUCCAUGAACUUGCUUCAGCAGAGAGGAAGUUCUACUGCACUCUCAGCAAAGUGAAGAGCCAAAUAUUGGGUCCUGUACUGGGACGGGCUAGUCUGGGCUUGUGUCUCGGCUCGUCCUCUAUGUUGCUGUUUCAGGAGGUGGCCGGUAGCUUCAGCAAACUAUGCCACCUGACAGGACAACACUCCACAUCUCUCACAAACUUCCUUCAGCGAGGCAAAGCAAUAAAAACGCUGGCCUUGAUCAAGAACACAGACAUUUUUAUAGACACCUAUAAAGAGUACAGUGAUCCAUUAGGAAACUUUCUUGUUAUGGGAGGAUUCCAGUUAUUGCUGAAACCGUUACAAGAAUGCUUUGGGAAGAAACUAGAGUUGAUACAGACACUGGUGGAGUCCAAGGAGAAAAACCUCUCGCCAUGCGAGUUGUUAGUGACCUUGUUUUGCAUGCCCUUGCAGCAUCUGCAUGGCUAUAACGGACUACUGCUGAAACUGGCUAACUGCUUUGAUGUGAACACUGAAGAAUACCAAUGGAUUCAAGAUGUAUGCUCCAAAUAUGAAGAUUUAGCCCGUCUUCUCAGCAAACAGAGAAAAGAGGCAGAGAGCACGUUUAAUUUCUGGAAGAACUUGAGGGGAAAGAAUCUGGAGUCUCUGCGUAAGCCAUAUCGUCGUCUGGUUUGUGAGAGUAGCAACAAAGGUCUGAUGCUACAGAACGCUGGAAGAUUCUCUGCCAGCUGGUUUAUCCUCUUCAGCGAUGUGCUGGUUCAUGCACAGGGUACUAUUCCAUCAAAGAAGUUUUUCUCGUCUCAUUAUGUUUAUCCGCUGGCUACACUUUGGGUGGAGCCCAUCUCAUCUGAAAAUGAGAGCCUACUUGGCCUCAAGUUGACCACUCCUGAAGAAAACUUUGUUGUUCUGGCAUCAUCUCCUUUGGAAAAGGGAAAGUGGCUGAGAGCCAUUAACCAGGCCAUAGAUGAUGCGCUCGCCGUGGGACUGAAUGGAAAGUCUCGAGUAUCAAGAGGCAGCCAGAAAGGUGAACCUCCUGUGUCGCGUACUGCUACUUACAGUUUCACUAAAGAGGGACGACUAAAAGAUGCCUCUUAUGAUGGGCGCUGGUUAUCAGGCAAACCUCAUGGAAAAGGAAUUCUGAAGUGGCCGGAUGGGACAGUCUACUGUGGCACAUUUAAGAAUGGGCUGGAGGAUGGAUUUGGAGAUUAUAUGAUGCCAAACAAGACUUUUAACACAUUUGAGCGUUACCAGGGUCAAUGGAAGGAGGGGAAAAUGAAUGGCUUUGGCACAUACUGGUAUGCUUCAGGUGAGGUGUACGAGGGCUCAUUUAAAGAUAACAUGCGUCAUGGUCAUGGCAUGUUACGCAGCGGGAAGAUGGCCGCUCCUUCCUCCAGUAGUGUGUUUGUAGGCCAGUGGGUUCAAGGGAAAAGGACAGGUUAUGGAGUUUUCGAUGACUUUAGCAGGGGAGAGAAAUACAUGGGAAUAUGGCUUGAUGACCAACGUCAUGGAGAUGGGAUUGUUAUUACUCAGUUUGGAUUGUAUUAUGAAGGAUGCUUUUCUAAUAACAAGAUGAUGGGCAGUGGGACUCUUCUCUGUGAUGAUGACACAGUCUUUAAGGGCGAGUUUUCAGAUGACUGGACUCUUUGUGGAAAAGGUGUUCUGUCUAUGCCAAAUGGUGACUCUUUGGAUGGGAUCUUUGAUGGCCAGUGGGGAACUGGAUUGAAAGUGGCGGGAAUUUUUUUGAAACCUUUUGAAACGUUGAGGAAAGAAACCAACUCGCUUGUUGAUAGUUGUCACUCUGUGCCUGCGGAGGAAAAGUGGAAAGCCGUGUUUGAGGAGUGCUGGUGUCGACUGGGUUGUGAAUUCCCAUGUCAGGGAGAGUACGAGAAAGCCUGGGAAAACAUUGCCAUCUCCCUGACUGCCAGACGCAGACAACAGAGGGAUCGUACAGGGGAACUGAGCCGAUCUCAGAAUAAGAUGCUGGAGAGUCUGGAGGUGAUUCCUCAACAUGUGGGUCCUGUUACUGCAGACUCCUACAACAACAUCCGCCGCUAUCUUUUAAAGGCCUGUGACACCCUUUUGCAUCCACUGGGCUGGCUGCUGGAGACCCUGGUCACCGUGUACAGGAUGACAUAUGUUGGUGUGGGCUCUAGUAGACGACUCUUACAGCAAGCAGUCGAGGAGAUCCGCUCUUACUUAACACGCAUAUUCCAGUUAGUGAGGUUUUUGUUUCCUGGUCUUCCUGAGGAUGGAGGUUUCAUUUUGGACACCUCCAGCUCGACAGAUGAGUUCACAGACAGCCUUAACAGCAGUACAAACUCAGAAACUCCCCAGCAGGGUUGGAUAGUUAGCAGCUCAAAUCUGCUGCUGCCCAUACUGCUGCCAAGACUGUAUCCUCCUCUCUUCACCCUUUACACACUGGAGAAAGAGAAAGAGGAGGAGGUGUACUGGAGCUGUGUGUUACGACUGAACAAACAGCCUGAUCUCGCUCUCCUAGGCUUCCUCGGAGUGCAGCAACAGUUUUGGCCAGUUUCUAUUUCUGAAUUGGGAGAGACUAAACAGGUUUUGCCGACAACUAAAGAUGCUUGCUUUGCCACAGCUGUUGAAACCUUGCAACAGAUCAGCACAGCAUUCACUCCCUCUGAUAAGUUACAAGUCAUCCAGCUGACCUUUGAGGAGGUCACACAGGAAGUGCAGGCUCUGCUCGGUCAAGAGUUUCUGUGGUGCAUGGAUGAUCUCUUUCCACUCUUCCUCUACGUUGUGCUCCGUGCACGGAUCAGAAACCUGGGCUCUGAAGUGAGUCUGAUAGAGGACCUGACAGACUGCAGUCUACAGCUUGGACAGCUUGGAUUCAUGUUGACUACUCUUAAAGCCUGUUACAACCAGAUUCAGCUUGAGAUAACAUAAGAGCGGUUGGUUCAUGCAUUCACAACUUUGUCAACUUGUGCAUACAGACUUAUGAAGUAGGUGCUAUACCAACAUGUGCUUAUUUACUGUGUUCUCAAGACAUUUUACUCAAACCCUCAUAUGCACUGUGCUACAGAUAAUAAAAUUAUUUGUUUCUUUUCUUUUGAUACACUUGCUCUUGUUACACAGUGUCAGUUUAAUUUAAUAGUAGAAUUAUAUAUUUGAGAACAAUGCUAAUUUGAACAAUUUCAUUAACUGGGUCUUCCUAUAUUUCAUAAUGGGUCCUUAUAAUCAAAAUAAUUGAAGAAGUCAGGAUGUUAAAAACUGGAUAGGGGUACAUCAAUAUUAAUACUGGUUCUGAUAAAUAUAUAAUCUGCUUAUCUACUGCUACUUAAACUCAUGCAAAUACUCCAGUUACCCACAUCUGAUAAGAUGUAAAAACAUUUAUGCCUAAACCUGCGCGCAAAUAACCAAGUAAACACACAUUUGUUGUAUUCCAGUAUUAGAAAUGUCCUAAUACAUUUGUCAAAAGACCAUAGAUUAUUUGGUUGUUAAACUGUGGUCCAGACCCCCUUUUGAAAUAGUUAGCUACACUAUAAAGUAAUAACAAACAGUGGCUAAUUAAUUUUUUUAUAUAUAACUAUAUAAUAUAUAAUUCAUUUGAUAUUCCGUGUAAAAAUGUAUUUAAAAAAAAAUAAAGAGUUAUAUAGAGUUUUUAUAUAAAUUUUUUUGUUAUGAAUUGCUAAACAUGCUAUUGAUGUAUUUCUGGUCAUACUGUUACUGCUGAUUGUCUUACUAGUCAUGUCUGGAUUCAUUCUGCACAUAACACAAAGCUGUAUUAUAAUCUAGAAAAUUGUAUGAUUGUAGUAAUAGUUGUUUUUUAUAGCCUAAAUUACACUUUAUUUUAGGGUGUCCUUGUUACACACAUAAGCACUGAGUAAUAUUUAUUAACAACAUGUAUUUACUUCACGGUUAAGGUUUGGAUUGAAUUCUUAGUUAUGCCUAAUUUACUGUACUUUUAUUACUAUACUGUAAAUACAUGUCAAAUGUAUAACAAGGACAUUUUAAAAUACAGUUUUACCAAUAUUUCUUAUUAAGGUUUGGUAAUGUUGUGAUUUAUUUGAAUGAAUUUCAAAUUUGUGUUACUAAAACAUCAAGGAUAUUUUUAAGGAAUGUUUGCUGUUUAGCAUUUGACAGCACACAGGCAUGCUCAUGAAACACUAUUUGACUUGUUCAUUUCAUUUAUUAUUUGAAAAUAUUAUAACUUUCUUAACUUUAUGAAGUCUGCUAUUUAAAUGUUAGUAUACGUGUUUUGUAAUGCAUUUCAUUUUUAUUUUUGACAAUGACUGAAAAACUGGCAUGCAACUCAAUGCAAUAAGAUUUUUUUUUUUAAAUCACAAGCAAUAUUUGAGGACCUCAGAUGCAAAAGCUGUUAAAUGCCACCUCCGUCAAAAAUUAGAUAAUGCUGUUGACCGAAUACUCUCUGCCCUAUAUUGUAUGGCGGAGGAGCAUUUUUUUUUACAGCACUUCGACCUCGUCGCGCAUUAACAUCAUUACUCCUGUCUACUCCCCCUCUCGCUCAAACUUUCGUCGAUAUUACUGCGCCCAAGGUCGAAGUUCUGCAAACUAAGUGCUCUUCCCCCAUACAAUAUAGUUCUCAUUUUUUAUCUGCUUAAAAAAAUCGCCACAUUUUAUUUUGUGCCACCACACUUACUCGUGUAACUACUCAUGUAACAGUCUUUAAAUAGGGAAAACAUGGAAGUGUUUGGUGGCUUCUAAAUUCAUCCCUGUUUGGAUCCUAAGGAAUGAAUGGGGCUAGGCUAAAUGCUAAUACAUUCACCACACGAUGUACAAAGAUUAUGUUCACGCAUUGAAAACAGAUAUAUAUAUAUAUAUUAAUUUGUCUAAUUUGAGGUUUUGAAAAACGGUGGUGUUUUCCUUUAAAAUCUCCCUGUCGUCAAGAAUUUUACCAGUUAAAACUCAUCUUUGAGCAUUAUAAUAGCAAAUAAAAUAGUUUUACCUGUCAGUAAUUUUCUCAUGCUUUUAAAUGGCUUGAAUGUAGCCCUUGCCUCAUUUAGUAUACACAGAUCUAUGAAUAUGCGAAAUGGUCCCCGCCCCCAUUCAUCAAUAGUGUUGAAUGAUGAAUUUGUACAUUGCUUGUCUUAAAGAAUGUUAAAAUCACCACAUAGACAUAUAAACAAAAAAAAAACUGAUUUUUCCCACAGUGGGACUUUAAGAGGUUUUUGCAUUUGAAUUCUUCAUUUGAUCACUGACAAAACAUGAGCAAUAAGCUUUUUUAGGUCAUUUCAUGAAUGUUUUCAAAAGCCUUAAAGACAAGGUCAGAGAUUGUGUGAUUGUAUAUAUUAUAUAUUAAUCUUUUUGCUUAUAAAGACAGCACAUCUGCUGUCAAAUUUACAGUUUUAUUUUUUCUUUUAGAAGGGUUGAUGGUUUAUAGAUUACCUGCACUGUCAUUGUUCACCUUAUUAUUUGCACAUCACUGUAACUUGUAAACGACAUUCAAAUUGACAUUUUUAGACUACUGACAUUUUAAUAAAAGUUACAUGACUGGGAA